AUACGCACGUGUGUCCGAGCGCACAAUCGCCGCGCUCGUUUUAUCGUCGACAGUUUUUUUUUUCUCCGCAAAUUCUCGAAAUCGUAUCGAAACGGCGACUCGAUCGUCGCUCUCUCUUCGAAUCGCCAGCAACCCCAAAUAGUAAUAUAAUAAUAAUAUUAUAGUAAACGACGUUUUUUCGUUCAAAGUGGUAGGUAUUAUCGUAGUCGUCGUCGCGAGACGCUUCCGGUUUUCGUCGCGGUGGCCCGUUUUUCGCUCGCGUUACGUCCGUCGGCCGGCCGUUCCGGAGUCCGAGUGUCCGCGUCCGCCGCGCAACCGGAUGGCAUGAGCCGCAGACCCGUCGCAGUCGCAGUCGCCGUCGUGGUCGCCGUCGUGGCGGCCGUGUCGUCCAUGUCGGCCGCCCUCGCGGACACCGUGUCCGCCGACGUGCUGCCGGACGGCGAGGUCGAGAUACGCGUGAGCGCCGGCAACGUGACGGCCAAACGGACGUCGUUCACAUCACCGGAAACCGGCGAGGAAUUGAUGUUGCACCAAGUCACGGACGGCAUACAUUUCAUGCAAAUGAUAUACGGCACAGGAAUGACGCUGUUCGACUGUGAAUACGUCAGGGAGCCGGAGACGGCCACGCAUUUCGUUCGGGAGUUUUGGAACGAGGAACAAGGCAAAAACCACACGGUCGGGUCCUUAACUAAAGAAUAUGCGUCCAUGGUGGAUUUCAAACAUUUGAAAAGAGCGUGCCAUAAAAACCAUAAGAAAACUAGAAGAAAACUAGCGAGCGAAUAUCAGCAACACGAGGGCACCACUAGCGUGGUCGGUAACGACGGCAAACGCAGAAAGAGAGAUCUGAUGUCCGUGUUGAGAGUUCCUGGUACAAAAUGGUGUGGGAAAGGGCGUUCAGCGAAAUCGUACAGACAACUCGACGGGUUUGGUGGAGCGGAUCGGUGCUGUAGAGUCCACGACACGUCUUGCCCAAUGUGGAUCGGCGCUUUGCAAAGUAAAUACGGUCUGUUCAAUUGGAGGCUGAACACUCUCAUGCACUGCUCGUGUGACCGCAGGUUUCGGUCGUGUUUGAAAACGAUCGGUACCGGAUCUGCGAACCUGAUUGGCAAGCUGUUCUUCAACGUGGUGCAGACCAAGUGUUUCGUACUGAAACGAGUGCGUGUGUGCACGAAAAAGACAUGGUGGGGCAAGUGCCACAGGCACGAAAAUAGGAAGAAAGCUUACAUCAGAAACAAUCUUAGUUAUUGAACAUUUAGCUUUUGUAUAUAAUAAACCUAUAUGUAUAUAUAUAAUAUAUAUACAUAUAAAUUAUUUAUAAAUAAAUUAUAAGACUUCUCAUUCUUGUCGAACUCUGCAGAGCUACUUAUUUCCCAUACAAUAAGUAGUGGUUUAUUCAUACACACAUCCGCUUCUACACUUUAUAUACCUUGCUAUAGCAAACUGAUCUUUUUUAUGUAAUCAUAGAUAUGUGUAUAUAUGUUUAGCCAUAAAUUACGUAUAUAAGUAGGUACCUAGAAGUACUAAACGCAACAACUAUUCAACUGUUAUUAUUAUAUAUUAAAUUAUGUUAUAAAUAUAUAUAUAUGUACGAUUUGUAGUUCUAUUUAAGGCGGUUAAAUUAUGUAGAUAUAAGUAGGUAUAGGUACCUUUAUAAAAUUUAGAUUAUCACCAUUAUUAUGCUGUCGAUACACAUUUUUUCGCGUUUAUCUUCGUUUAUUCGUACUGUGGGUAUCUUUAUCGUAUUUUACCUAAAUAUAUUAAUUGAGAUUGAAUGUUUUUGCUGUUCAAUAGCGAUUUGUAUAUCCAUCUGUUGAUUUACCUUGAAAUGAAAUUAAAAAUAAUUAAAAAUACAAACUCAGGUAUUUUGAUUAGAGUUUAGACCGUUUAAAAGUAAUUAUUUGUAAUAGCUGAAAAAAAAAUAUUGAAUAACUAUAAUUCACCUACAUAGAAAUAUAUACGCAAAUUCUCAUAAUACUUGUAGAGGUCGGUACGUAUUACGUGUUACAUGACUAAGUCCACUUGUAUUAAAUUACAUUUACGAAUUGAUCUGGUGUAUGCGCAUUUUUUUACAUUACCAAUGUGUGAAUAAAUAUUAUUUCUAAAAGUUUCCAUUAUAGAUGCGGUAUAAAUUUAUUAUUCAUAAUUUUUUAUUAAUAUAUCCUUUAUUAAAAAAAAAAAAAUAGCAUCUUUAAAAUAGAUUUCCAGACUGACCAAAUGAAUAUCAAUUCUACUGUUUAUUAGUUUAAACAAAAUUAGACAGGUUUAAUUGAUUUUAGUUGGCGUAAAACAACUUUAAAAUGUAAUUUCUCCAAUUAUAAGGAACGAUCAACAAAAAACAAUAACUAAAUAAAUAUUGUUUCAUAGAUCUGCAAUUUUACUAUACAUUAUAAAUGAAUGCCAAUGUUCGUUAUUAUAUAUUACAAUUAUUUCUAUUAUAGGUUAUUUAUGAAAAGACAUAAUAUUAUACAAUAUACAUAGAAAAUUAUUGCGUUACGAUAUAGCGAUCAAGGUAGAAAAUCAUCAAUAAUACCUACCUUAUUAUACCUAGUUUCAUCAUAAUUAUUUUAAUAAACAUGAAAAGAAUUACAGUCUAUAUCUAUACAUUAGGUAUCUGUAAACUUACGACUCAUUGUAUGCGUAGUUAUUUUCAAUAACAAAAAUGAAGUGACAGUAAUCAUUUUUUAUUUUCGGUGAAAAAAAAUAUAUAUAUCUAAUAUGCGACAGCAGGAAAAAUAUUGUUCGCCAAUUGUUUAACUAUUUAUUUACUGCAUUUGUUUAGUACAAAAAUCAUACAUAAUACGCAGUAUGCACGCAUUAAUAUUAAUACAAUAUCACCCGUGUUAAAAAAACGAUUCAUCAACAUUCACGAUCAUUGGAUACAAUCACAAAAAUAUACAAUUACUCAUAUAAAUAUGUUUGUAAAUUAGAAUAGUAUAAUAUUAUUAUAUAAUAUAUUUAAAGUGAUGUCUCAAGUUGCAUAGAUAUAACGCAACUAACCUCGCCCAAAGUCAGUAUUAUUAUUAAUUUUUUUAUUAUAUAAAACAUUGAUAAUAGGCAAUAAUAACUUUAAUCGUAUUAUAAACAAAUAUACUACCUAUAAUCUAUGUAUAGAUGUCCAUAGGCGCCGCCAGGAAUUUUAUCAGGGGGGUGCAUUUGUGCAUAUAGUAUACGCGGUGAUUUCUAAUUCUAAUAUAUAUUAUAUAAUAUUAGUUAUUAUUAUAUAUAUGAUAUAAUAAUAAUUUAUACUAUUAUUAUUUGAUAUUAUAAAUAUUAUAUUAUAUAAUACCAUUCAAUUAUUUUUAUUUAUUUUUAAAGCCAGGGGCUACAAGUGCACCCUCUUGCACCCCUCUAGUGGCGCCCAUGUAGAUGUUGUAAAUUUUGAAAAUAGGUAUACUGUGUUAUGAUAUAUCACUAGGGUGUUACAUAAACAGUAAAUGAAUACGAAAUACUAUUAAACGUAUAUAUGUAUAGGCUUAGUAUUUAUAUUUGUUCGAUGCUGUACAAUAUAUAAUAUUAUUGUAGUAUAUUCUGUCAGUGACUUGCUAUACGUAGGUACGCUAUAUACGUGUAUAAUAUAUAUUAUAUAUUUUAUUGUAGGUAGGUAGGUACUAGGUAUUCACCAAUAUUUAUUGUAGUCAUUUUACUAUUAUAAUUAGGUAUAAUAUUGUGUAAUUUGUGUACUGCUAUUACUUAUUAGCUAUAGUUAUUUAUUCAUUUUAUAUGACUUAUGAAUGUGUGAUUUUUUUUUUAUGAAAUAAAAACAAAUCAAUAAAUAAUUAUUAUCCUUGAA